CACAUUCUUGAAAAAUUGGUGGCUUUGCCAUGUCAAAUAAUUUCAUCACGCCUGUCGCAGCUGUGUUGGAUAGGGUUCACCAAUUCCCGUUAUCAUGGACGGUGAUGAUUCUGCGAAUCAUAACAACAAAUGCUUAACGGAAGAACUGGAUGCUGACGUUGGUCUUGAACAUGCGGAAGCGGAAUCUGCAGAAUCCUCAAUACGGCGAUCAGGAAGGCCAAAGAAAGCUGUUAAGUAUGGUCAACCGUUCAUACAUGGCGACAAAAUGGCCUUCAUAUCUCGCGCGAGAUCUAGACCGAAGCAACAAAAACGCGACAGACGUAAGGUGCAAAAGACAUCCUCUCUCAGACGAUUGGCUCCGGCUAUAAAGUUCCCAUUCGGUACCGGAUCCAGCUUUGACACACAGAGUUUCACCUCCAACGCAGUAACUCAAAGUUUCCCCGACGGAUAUUAUACGGGUACUGGUGUACCGAUGUUCUCAGCCAAUUAUGAAUUCAUGCCACAGCCGAUCCCUUUUUGCUACGAUGUCCCUGUUCAACCGAUCGUUUCGAGUUAUUAUGGUGCAAAUUCACAACAUUCUUUCCAGUGGACCUACAGCAUACCGCCGCAAUAUGAGGCACCCACACCCAAACCGGCAGCCUUAGAUACCCCUCAUAUAAUGGAACAUCCACCUUCGCGAUUACAAAAUACCACAGCAACACCUCCUUUGUCUAGUCAUUCUAACACCAAACGACAGUUACCUCCGCCAUACCAAGAGACGACAGAUGAAUCUCCUUUUACUAAUAAACCGACGACAGCGCAGCAUCCAACUAUUUUGCAUCAGUGUUUGGAGCGAGAAAAUCAAAGGCACAUACAACGUGAAGAUAAAAGUGCCGCAGGAACCGUAGCAGAUUUUGACAGCAUGAGGCCAAUCCCACAUUGGCCACCUAAUGAAUGUAUGGUUCAAUCACCUAUGUUGCAACCUACCGGCCUCAGUUAUACCACACAGUAUCCUUCAAACAGUCCGUUUGAUUCAUUAUCUACCCAUGGAGCUUCCUCCUACAACGUCCCUCGUGUUUCUUUACCUGGCAUGCCGCCACCAUCGAGCUCACCAUUGUCCUCUCCACAUCAUGCCACGUCGUCCUUACCACCGACUUCUAAAAAAAUGACCAAACGAAAAAGACAGUCUAUACGAUAUAGUCGAUUGCUUGCUCAAGCAGAAUACGAAGCUUUAAAUGGGUAUAUUGAGGACAAUCAAUUUGAAGACUCAUAUAUUGGUGAAACUUAUUGGACUGCCUGGGAGAAAUCACGCUUCUUCCUUGGAGUGGAACGAUGUGGAAAAAAGAAUGUUCGUGACAUACAGCAACGGAUAGGACCAACAAAAUCAGUAUAUGAAGUUAUGUCAUAUCUGUCGACCUUAGAUCGUCUUAGCAAGGAACAUCAUCAAUCAAUAGACAGAUCAGGCAAAUCGGGACCAUGUGCCGAGGAAGAUAUUUUGAUUGCAUAUGAGAUGACGGAUGAAUGGCUGAAAUUCGAGUCAGAGCAAGCCGGAAUAAUAUUGGAAAACUUGCCUGAAGGCCCUGUGGAUGACAGCCCAACCGGGUCUGCCCCGCCACGGACCAGUGAAGGAGAAAAGGUCAUGUCAACUUUACGUGAAGAAAUAACUAGAUGGCGAAAACGCCAUCUUACAAGGCGGGAGAGGAUGAGCAAGCGUUAUCUAUGUAAAUUUCAGCGCGUUGACGUAUUGAAAAGAAUCGACAGCAUCAUCGAUUACAGCGAUGCAACUUUGCCGGACGGUACUUUAUCGGAUAGUAUGAUCUUCGGCAUGGCAACAUUGGGAUCUGAAUACCAAUUGGUCCGUCUCCACGAAUUUUUCGAUGUACAAAAGAUUUGUUCUUUAGCAUCAAGCAAUCGCUCUACGGCAUCUCCUCAUGUGAAAAUUUCAAACGACGUUCUGCUCGAGCUGUAUAACCGAGUCAAAGAGUUCGUGGCGGAAUUUUUCCUCAAUCUGAGCAGAUAUCCACCAGCGUUGCUACCUACUGAGUAUAAGCCAUACGCAGGAAAUAAGCGCAUCGAACAAGUUUUAAAGGCACAAUGCAAAAAAUGGCAGAUAAAGCUUCGAAAUUCCGACGACGUUGAUCCAGAAGUAAACAAAGAUGCGAGGGAUACCAAUACAAAUACAUCUCGCAGUUGCCAGACACAGAACGAAAAUCCUGAAGAGCAACAAGUAUUUGACGAAAAAGAAGAAGAGCAGCAUGGACCCAAGAAAAAGAAAGCUCGCGUGGACACAAAAGAAGAGAAAAAUGCUAAGCAAGAAACUGUUGGUGAUAUCGACGACAAUGACAGUGGUCAUGAUGGUCGUUAUGACGAAGAUGACAAUGCUAUCGAGCAAAAUUUAAGCGCGCAGAGCGAGGAUGAUUCGAUUGAACCUCAGGACGUGAUCCAGGAUGCAAUGAAGGAAAUUUCUGCAGAGGAAUUGUUUCAGCAAAAGGAUGCUCAAUAUAAUCAAUUAUUGUGGUCCUUUAUGUCCAAGUGAUUGUGAGAUAGUCUAUGACACAGAUAAUGUAACUGUUCCUUUGAUCCGUGUCCUACAGUUUUUUUGUAUUGCACUCUUUCAAUAGAAAAAGUUUCUUCAUUGCUACAUUUAAUUCCAUUUUUUAGACUGGUGUUGUUUCGGGAUGCAAGGACAAGGAAGCAUUUUCUCAAUCGCGAUCUGAAAAAACUGGAGGCUAUGCCGUAGGAACAUUGGACGUUUUUCGUCUCCGCUCAAAG